UACUUCAACUACGGAACAAAAUAAUACAAUUUAAUUUGUUUACAAGGGCGGUACUUGGAUAAAAGAAAGAUCAUGGAGCACAAUGAUGAAUUGAAUGACUUGCGGCUUCAGUUCCAAGCACUACAAAAACAGGAGGAGAAAAGAAAACAGGACAGGAAAAAGGAAAAGGAACCAGAUAAGCCUAAUAUCAGUGUCACCAAGGAUGAUCUGGAUCUGCCUAAGCAAGGUAUUCAGGCAGACUAUCUGAAAGAAAGACAACUACAAAAUGAGAAUCAAAAUCAAAGAAUAAUGGAGCAGCUAAGGGAGCUUAAGGAUGAAAAUAGUCGUCUCUUCAAACUUUUGAGUGAGAAGGAUUUUGAAAUUAAACACCUGAAUAAGAAAAGAGAAGAGGAACGACUGGUUUUAGCAGGCACAUCAGGCUUGGCGGGUGAUAUCGCAGCCACCAAGAUUGUUGAGCUGUCCAAGAAGAAUAGAGAGCUAACGGCUGAAUUGGAGCGUGAAAAGAUUAAAUCCAAGCAAAACAGCAACAGAAUCAAAGAUCUUGAGAAAGAGCUUCAGUUGGCUUUGGUACACUCUCCACCUGGGCAAAAGAUUGAUACAAAGUUACUGGAUAAGAGGUCCUCUGAAGACUACGAGGAAAAUCCAGUGGUGAAAUCUCUGCAGGAAAAACUAGCUGCUGCCCAGCUGAAAGUGACUGAGUAUCGCAAUCAGAUUCAAUCUGUCAAACAGGAACUGAAAGUAGCUCAGAAGGUUUUGAUCAGUGAAGUUGGAGAGGAGGUCAACUUUCAGCAACUACUAAGCAGCCCUGGGAGCUUUAGAGGCCGCUCUCAGCAGAUACUGGCUCUACAGACAAGGGUGCGUGACCUGGAGCAGCAGCUGAACCAGUCAACUCAGCGAAGACAGCAAAGUGUCCCGAGUGUAGAGGAAGAGUUUCUAAGCAUGGGGGCCCUUCAGAAAACCCCUCCUCAAGACAGGAACAUCAGCCACAUCCGCACCAUUGAGAAAGGGAAGAGGGAGGCAUUUGAGAGAAUCUCACUGGAAUAUGAGGCCCUCCUGAAAAUCCAUGAGGAUUUGAAGAUAAAGCUGGAAGCCUCUAAAGCCAGGAACAAAUCUCUGUCUACUGAAGUGAAAACCCUGAAGGUCCAGGUCUCCACCCUCCUGGAGAAGGGUAAACAUGAUGAUGAGUUUGUGGACGCUCUGCUGAAGAAGCAGACUCAGAUGCAGGAGGCGCUGAGACAUCUUGGCCAACAGCAGAACGUACAGAGCAAGAAGACACAGUCGAGCCAGAGACAACAGCUGAGCAGCGAGCCUUCAGAGCACAACUCUCUCACUAUCCAGAAGCUUAAGCAGACUGUUUCUGAGAAAGCGGCCAGGAUCAAAGAACUAGAGGAGGAAAUCCAACAGCUCUCUGUCAAGAAAGAGGGCGUAGAGAAACAGUCCAUUCUUCAAGCAACGAUUUGCAGUUCAGGAUUUCCCCCUGAAGAGGGAGACAUUAACAAGAGAAUAACCUCUUCAGGUUCAGUUUCUAAAUUUGGUCAUAAACUGGUGCUACCUGCUGUGGGAAGUAGUAUAGAAUUUAAGGGCCUAAGUUCUUCCAAAUGUCCACAAUGUUCAGCUGAUGUGAGCGCACCAAUGACCGAAUGUAAUGAUUACAAAAACAUCUGUGAGGAGAAGGACCAACUCCUUGAGAUGGUUAACAUCUUACAGACAAAAGAGAAAGAGAUGAACGUGAGAUUGUUGGAGACACAGAAGCAGUACCAGGAGGAGCGUACCGUAACAGUGAUGCUGGAGCAGCAGCUGGAAAGGACAAGAUUAGAUUCGAAGUGAGGACUGUGCAGGACAGGCAGCAGUGUCCCUCAGCUGCAGGACGGCAGGAGUCGCUGAACAACAGGAACUGAAUGGACCGCCCAACAGAUCACCAUUGGUCACCAUUUGUAUAGAUUUUGUUUCUAUUGUUGACGAAACUGUAGAUGUUUUGGACUUGUUCAGAAAACAUGCAAAAUUAUAUUUAUUUUUCCAACUAUGAUAUUUUACAUCAGACGGCUUAAAUAAUAAUGCAUGUAGCCAGUGCUUAUUCUAACCCUCGUGUUUGAGCUGCACAGAGAUGUUCAUGCUGCUCUUGUAUGUUGUCUGGUGGCUGGUCAUUUAGCUGGAGGAAACUGAGGCGCCGAGGGCAUUGCUAAAGUGCACUCUCCACCAUGACCUGCAGCUCUGCAGUGACGUGAUGAGACAAGCCAAGCAUGUUUUCCUGCAGGCUCAGUGACAGCCCAGACUAGACACUAACCAGGGGAACUGGCUGGUCCCUGUUCAACCUCAUGUCCAGCUGAGCCCUACCUUCUGCUGUCAUAUGUGACAAACAGCAGCCUGCAGGAAACAGGCUCUCCUCUUCUGCCACACAAACCUCAUUCAGAUAUAGGUCUUUCUCUCCAUUUGAAUCCCCAAAGCCAGUUUGUGUUGGUUCCUUUGUGCAUUUUGUGACCUCAGUUUAACCGCUUGAGUAGCAGGGCUUUUAGCUUAACCCUGAUGGCAUCAGACAAGUGUUCCUACUGAUUACAGAAAUGUUUGUCUGCUUGCUGUUUUAUAAAUGUCACUGUCACAUUUUAUUAAAUCCAUGUAUGCAUUUUCCAUUUAGGUGCAUUACAGGUAUAGUAAGAGCAAUAAUGUCUGUUUUUAUAAGCUAACGGGGCAUCCAAUUUAUUCAAUAAAACAGGAACCAAAUCAUCUUUUUUGGAAUAUAUUGUUUACAUUCAUGGCUAUGAUCUUAUGAGAGUUUUUUUUGGCUCCCUAUGGUUGUACGUAAAUCUGCAACAGGCCAAGCCAAAUAGUAAACACCCCAGUUAAGUUGCCCCAAAACUUUAAUAUUCCUUUCAAAUAUUACUGCUAAUCAUUUCUGACUCAAAACCAGCUGUGUGGGAAUAGUGGUUGAAAAUAUAUGCAGGCUCAAGCUGCACAAACUCCCACUGUAGUCCUCCAUCCACUCCCCAGAGCAUGUCACGCGUAUGUACAGUAUGCAAUCUUAGCUUCUUAAUCCAAAGGUUGUCUGGAUAUGCGUGGCCUCUGGCGGGAGUGCCCUUUGCAUUCAUACUAACAUCCGAGUUAUUUUCUUCCGAUGUAGCCAAAAGGAUUUCAGCAGAAGCACCCCCCUCUCCUCUCCCUCCACAUCACGCUUAAUUUAAAACCAUGGCUGAGUUAGUGUGCUGCUUCAAAUACCGCACUAUUUCUUCCAGGACCCUGUGGGAGAUUGGCAGGUCCCCAUUGGACUGAGCGAGAAAGUGCCACAAGACAAAAAUAUCAGAGUUUGGACGUGAUGAAGAAAGCCUUUAUGCUCAGAGUUAACAAAAAACAGCUUGUCUUGAAUACCUCCUGGAUAGAAGGCGAGGCGCCCUUUAAUGUACUGGAGUGAGAUGUGUCAUUGGAGGAACACUUGAGAUACCAUGAGCUUUAUGACUACAUGCCCUGCAGGACUGCCAAAUGUGUAUCAAAUGUAGUAAUGUGCGUCAGAAAGGCUGUUGAUGGAGCAAAUACUUGUCAUAGUCACUUACUGCAUCCGAGUCCAGAGAAAAUGUUUAACUCAAUACAUUUUUGUUUGGUUGUUUUUUAAAUCUGCCACAACACAACCUCAUAAAAAUUCAGUGUUCAUGUGCAUGUUGGAUAGUUUGCCAAAUGUGUAAUCUGAUGCUAUUAUUUUGUGGUAGUUGAUAGGAAGAAGGCCAAUAUCACCACUAGAUAUAAAGUGAAUUUUAUUGCUGUUUAACACUCAUUUUACUGUGUAAUUUCCGUUAAAAACCAAUGUUGUCAUAGAUUAAUGUGACUACUCUUGUUGACUUCACUCAUUAAAAAGUGUCAUCACUUUCAAAUAAAUUACAUUUCACCAAACAAUUUUAA